GUGCCGCCGAUAGAACGCAUUACUCAAGACUCAUUAGUCAUCUCUUAUCGUCGCGAACUACUUUUUAAUAUUUAUUAAACUGUGACUUAUCUGUUAACUGAAAAUUAUAACUCUUCGUCCUGUACAGUUGAAUCGAGUACGAUUUUAUUAUUUAACCCUUAUAUUGGGAUCCGCCACCUAAACGUAUGCGAUCAACAUGAACGUUCUGUUGCCACCAACAGUCGUACGAGGUAUGAAAAUAUUUGAUAUAAAUAAGUUUACCAAACUCAUCAGUGUACCCGCCAUAGAAGUAGACACGCAAAACAUUGCCAGCGCUAGUAAAAUCCUAAAAAAUCAGCUGUUAAAAUUUACUAAUUUCAAAUCGAUCCGUGACAGCGGUUCCAACAACUACAAACGGGUAUUCCUUCUGAACCCGCUCAAAGUGCGCUCAUUCGAUGACCUCAAUCUGCCUUUCGCGUCGCCAGAACACUUUAGCCAUACGGAUGUGAAAUUAACCUACGACAAUUGGAAACACGAUGAAAUACUUAGGGCAAUCCUUCCCGAAUCAUCAAUGUUGACAAGUUAUUCAGCAAUUGGAUCGAUCGUUCACGUCAACCUCAAACCCGAAUUAUUAGAAUAUAAAAAUGUAAUCGGACAAGUGCUCAAAGACAAAAUCAAAGGAUGCAAAAGUGUUGUCAAUAAAACUGAUAACAUCAACAAUAUAUUUAGGAAUUUUGAAUUUGAAGUUCUAAGCGGUUCUAGCGACUUGCAAACAUCGUUUAAAGAAAAUAAGUGUAUUUUCGAGUUAGAUUUUUCGGAAGUCUAUUGGAACCCAAGGUUAUGUACGGAACAUGAGAGAAUUUUAGAAAAACUCAACGCCGGAGACCUUCUUUAUGACGUUUUUGCCGGAAUCGGACCGUUUUCUAUACCCGCCUCAAAAAGAGGAUGUACGGUGUUGGCUAAUGAUCUAAAUCCCAACUGCUGUAAAUGGUUGAAUGUCAACAAGAAGCUAAAUCGCAUUAAAGAUGAUCGAUUGACAAUAAUCAACAAAGACGGAAGCCGAUUCAUAAUAGAAGAUCUAAAAGCGCAUUUAAUUUUGUAUUCAAAAACGUUAACUAAUGACAACGAUAACAAAGUACAUGUUACAAUGAACCUCCCCGCAAUUGGUAUAGAGUUUGUGAAAUAUUUUAAUAAUUUAUUUGAAUGGGAUGAAAUAUCAGAUAGUUUUCUUCCUAUUUUACACAUUUAUACCUUUGUGAAAACUAACGAAAGUUAUGAAACUGGUCUACAUCUAGUCAUGGCUGAACACAACAUAAAAGAAGAAGAUGCUCAAGAAAUUAUUCGAGUCAGAAAUGUCGCGCCCAACAAAGAAAUGAUCCGAAUAACAUUACAAACCACCAAAGAGAUGUUGUGCAAAAGUAGUGUUAAAAGAAAAACCGAAGAACAGGAAAACGAAAAUCCAAAAAAAACAAAAUAACAAUAAUUUUUUGUAAACUUUUUACCAUGUUAUGCUAUAACAAAAAAUUGACUAUCCUUAUAAAAAAAGUUUUAUUUAUUUUUUAGUUAUUUUCUUUUCUUAUUAGACUUUUUUACCACAAAAAAAAAAAAAAUAUUUAUAUUUAUGCAUUUGGACUUUUAAAAAAACAUAUGUAACCGAAAAAUAUCAAACUAUGACAUACAAUCAAACGUAUUGUAGUGGCUUAUUUUAGUGGAAUUUAUUUCUAAUUUUGUGACUACAAUAAAUUAAGCAACCAUAACUGAUAAUUAUUAAUAAAAGUAAUUGUUUU